CACGGUUUCUCAGGUUGGCAGCAUUGCCAUUUGACGUAUAAAACAGUGAAAAAAUAAACAUUAAAAACGUCAAAUCAAGAAUGGUUUUAUUACAAUACUAGAAGACCUUCUACAUCAACAAGACUAUUAUGUGACAAAACUGGCAAUUGUUGCUUAUUAUUAUGACAAGUUAAUUAGAAAAAUAUUGUGUUGAGAUGGAGGAGACGAAAUCGCCGUCUAGAAUUUUGUGUGCGAAAAACAAAAAUAAUGUUUUCAUUCGGGAUUAUCUCGUGCAAAGGAGCUUAGGGAAUAAGUGUAGGAUAGGGUUUAAUGACGAUUUAAGUUUUAAGUUGUAUAGCAAGUUUAAUAAUUAUGUGGUGAAAAGUGAGAGAAAUAAAAGCAGUAACUGUUUGGGAGGCAUAUUUAAUUUGGAAUUCAGCCUUGAUGGUCGAAUAUUAGUGGCAGCAUGUGAAGGCAAACAAGUGCUUCUUUAUGAUGCUGCCAAUCAAAGAAUGAUGCACACUAUAGAAAAUGCCCAUAAAAACUGUGUCAACUGCAUAAGGUUUUUAGAUGAUAAGACAUUUGCUACGUGUUCUGAUGACACUUCGAUUAAAUUAUGGGACACAAGGUACUUAAAAUCGGCCAAAAAAACGCUGCAUGGCCAUUCGAAUUGGGUGAAAAAUAUCGAAUAUUCAGAGAAAGAAAACGUUAUGGUGACCUCUGCCUUCGACGGCAGCAUAUACGCCUGGAACCUAAAAAGCCCCACGGAAAACAGUAUGCUGUACGAAAAAGUCUUUCUUAUGAACGGCUUGAUGAGGACGAAGUUGUCGCCUGACGGUACAAAAAUGGUUAUAUCCACGACCAAUGGGUACAUGAUAAUAGUGCACGACUUAAACUUGGAAAAUUUGGCGCUGGAUUUGCGAUCUUUCAGGCCGAAUUUGUACAGGCUAAUGCAGACCAGCGACCAGAAUUUCCCCGUCGGAACCAUAUUUAACUACUUAUUCAAUCCGAACCGUAAAAGAAAUCGGAUAGAAUUUAUUGAGGACUUCCAGAAUGAUGCUGAAGUAAUUAGUUCUCUGCAAAUUCACCCACAUGGUUGGUGUGCCGUCUCCAGAAAUUUGGAUUGUACAGAAACUGAAGAGUGGACCAGCGUGCAUGACAUUCAAAAACGGAACCCGAGUGAUUAUGAAAAUGCUUUUAAAUACAUUGAAGAAGAGGAGGAUGUCGAGGAAGAAACUAAUCAAAGACCUACGGACUUAUGGAUGGGUUACCGAGAAAAUAGAGAUCGUAUGGUGCUGCAGAACUUAUACGAAAACUACCAGUUGGCUAUGGGUAUAAUAAACAGCGGAUUAAUAGGUAGAAACUCGUAUCAAGCUUACUUCCAACAUCACCCCGAACAAAGGAAUAAGAUAAUUAAAAAUUUGAAGCGUAUGACGCAUUACGUGAAAGAAAAGAACGUCGGCAAGGGUUACAUAAAGGAGCUGUGUUUUUCAUCCGACGGCAGAAUAAUAUGCUCGCCCUACGGUAAAGGUGUGAGGCUGCUCGGUUUCAACGAAAGUAUGCAGGAGUUGUCGUAUUGCGUGCCCGAAGAACCGAAGGAGUUGCAAACGUUGCUCGAGCUCAACGAUUACCACAAGGACGUUGUAGUGUCUUGCAAGUUCAGCCCGAAUCAUCUGCAGUUCGUUAGCGGUUGCCUUGGCAGCGAAAUUAAAUGGUAUCAGCCAGUUUUCUAGACGUUUUUUAUCAAGUGCCCAUUCACCUAAUUCUUUGACAUUCCAAAUGUCAACUUUUAACCUUAAAACCAUCAUGUCAUUUUUAGUAUUUGACAGUGCUUAAUUGUUUUUUUUUGUUGUUAAAUAUGACGCUAAUAUUUUUG